AUGGCAGUCACUGUGUUACCCGUAGUUGCAUACAACUUUACAAGCUUCUACGAUGACUAUGAAAUACAUAACAUUUCUAAUACGACAGUGGAUGUCGCGCAGUGUUCCGUGUCCGCAUUUGUUCAACCAGUAUUGACACAAUUUUUAUGGAGUCUUAUAUUUGGAGGAUUGAUAAUAAUUGCAGCCGGGGGUAACAUUAUUGUUAUAUGGAUAGUGUUAGCACAUCGAAGGAUGAGAACAGUCACCAAUUACUUUCUUCUCAAUCUGGCAUUUGCCGACGCUCUGAUAGCUAUUCUGAACAUUCCUUUUAACUUUUCCUUUUUGUUGAACAACAUUUGGUACUUUGGAUUCGUCUACUGCAAAAUAGCCAAAUUUACCGGCACUCUCAUGGUUACCGCCAGCAUUUUUACUCUCUCCGCAAUUGCCGUUGAUCGAUACAUAGCCAUAGUUCACCCGAUGAAACCAAGGAUGUCAAAGACAAAAGCAAAAAGUAUUAUUUUCCUGGUAUGGGUAUUAUCUGGUGUAAUCUGUUUUCCUAAUCUGGUCUACGCGCAGCUGAUCUAUAUUCCUUGCUUUGAUGGUGUUCGAAUUGUCUGCAUUCUAGAUUUCCCGGAUGGGAUUUAUAACGAGUACGAUUUCUGGUACAACAUUUCGUGCAUGGUGAUUACGUAUUUUUUACCAUUGGCAGCCAUGGGUGUCUCGUAUGGUAUUGUUGGUGUCAAACUUUGGGGAAGCCACGCCCCGGGAGAGAGUUCGAGCAGACAUAAGGAACAAUUGAAAGCCAAGAGAAAGGUAGUGAAGAUGAUGGUGAUAGUGGUGUUGCUGUUCGGUAUUUGCUGGAUACCAGUACACAUAUACUUCCUACUCGGCCGUCAUCACUCGUAUUUGUACAAGUAUGAACACAUACAAGAAAUAUUUUUGUUUCUCUACUGGGUGGCUAUGAGUAAUUCCAUGUACAAUCCGUUGAUAUAUUGCUGGAUGAAUGACAAAUUCAGAAAAGGGUUUAAAAAAGCAUUACGUUUCCUGCCUGGUGUACACUGGAAGCCCGAGGAUAGCAUCGAUGCACCUAGACCCAGUACGUUAAGCAGUUGUCACAGCAUGAAGCUAUCCAGAAACGGUUCAGUAAUGACGACCGUUGAAGAAUCUCUUGCUGAAAAUGCAUUUUAA